GAGAUAAAGAGAUAAAAUGGCGGCUGAAAGAAACAAUGAGUUUAAACUCUUUGGUCCCUGUGGUGAUGAAUAUGAGUUUGGCUCUGCGGUCACUCUCUCCUGUCACUUGUCUCCUAAAAUCAGUGCUGUUGCCAUGGAGAUCAGGUGGUUUAAGGGGGCGGACUGUGUUUGUCUCUAUAAGAACAGGCAGGUGACAGAGGGGAGGGGCUACAAGGGCAGAGUGAGUCUGUUCACUCAGGAGCUGCAGAGAGGAAACGUCUCCUUACAGAUCAGAGACUGUGGAGGGUCAGAUAGAGGAGAUUAUCUGUGUCAGGUCACCAAUGGAGACACAACAGAGGAGUGUACAGUAGCAGUGGGGGCUCAGUUGGUGAGUAAAUAACAGUGUUUCCUUCUU